GCUUGCGCUAUCAUGGCAGGAGAGUGGUGCUUGAUUGAAAGCGAUCCAGGCGUUUUUACGGAACUUAUUCGUGGAUUUGGGGUGUCUGGAGUUCAAGUGGAAGAAGUCUACACUCUAGAUAAAGAGUUUUUUGAAAAUCUUAGACCAGUUCAUGGUCUCAUUUUCCUUUUCAAAUGGAGACCGGAAGAGAAAGAGAAAGGCUUACUUGUUCAAGACAGUCGUCUAAGUAGUCUGUUCUUUGCAAAACAGGUCAUUAGAAAUGCAUGUGCUACACAAGCAAUACUGAACGUCCUGCUCAACUGUGGUCACUCUGAUGUUGAUUUGGGACUAACUCUCGGUCAAUUCAAGGAAUUCACAGCAACAAUGGAUGGCAAUAUGAGAGGACUGACUAUGACAAAUUCUGACGAAAUACGGGAGGUUCACAACAGUUUUUCAAGGCAGCAGCUCUUUGAAUUUGAUGAAAGUCUUACUAAGGGAGACGAAGAUGCUUACCACUUUGUUGGAUACGUUCCCAUUGGUGGUCGGUUGUACGAACUGGAUGGUCUCAAAGACGGUCCAAUAGACCACGGCAAGUGUUCUGAACGCGACUGGCUGGAAACAUGCAAACCAAUUUUAGAUGAAAGAAUAGCAAGUUUUGAAGCUGACGAAAUACGCUUCAAUUUGAUGGCAAUAGUGUCAGACCGAAAACAGAUAUAUCUCAGAGAAACAACAAGUUUGGAGGAAACAAAGAUGCAGGUGUUGGAAAAACUGGAGAAACUUGCAGCAGGAGAGGUGGGCAUGGAAACGGAUGUUGAUGAUCCCACUUCACUACUACCUGAUGAGCUGACAUCACAGCUGGAAGAAAUAGAAUCUCGUCUCGUAGAUCUGCAGUCGCUGAUCGCUAGCGAGACAGAGAAAAUGCACAAGUACAAGAUUGAAAACAUCAGACGAAAACACAACUACAUCCCACUGAUCAUGGAAAUGCUGAAGAUCCUUGGAGAACGAGGAGAACUGGCACCACUUGUUGAAACAGCUGUUGAGAAGAGGAAGGCAGCAGCUGAAGCAAAGACAGCAAAGGAGACUAACGUGUAGAAAUGUUGUAGUUGUAGUUCCGCAUACUAAAUAUACGCUCAACAAGCAGGCUAUUGUGGUCUUGAGAUUUCA